UUACCGUUAUUACGGUACCGCCUGUGUUGAUAACGAGCACUGGAACAGUAUUUGAUAAUACAAACCGGCUUUAACGUUCCCUUUAGCUAUAUUUAUUGCUUAAUAAUAGCCUUUAGUUUUUUCUUAAGUCAUGACAGAAAUAUUUUCAACUCUAUUUGGCCAAAGCGAUUCUCAGGCACCCCCGAGUUCCGCAGCUCUGGGUUUUGGUCCGGGAAAACCUCCACCUCCGCUCCCGCAGAGCGCAGCUCCGUUGCCGUCUCAGCUUUCAGGACAGCUCGGGGAUGAAGGGCCUACAGCCCGGAAACCAGGAGUCAUCAACGAGCCGUUCUAUUUACUGCGAGAACUGCCUGUUGGAAACGAUUUAACGGGAAACACAAACCUGAUCACACACUACAACCUGGAGCAUGCAUACAAUAAGUUCUGCGGUAAGAAGGUGAAGGAGAAACUCAGCAACUUCUUACCGGAAUUACCAGGUAUGAUAGACAGUCCAGGCGUUCAGGAUGGCAGUUCAUUGCGCACUCUCAUAGAGAAACCUCCAGUGUGUGGAAACUCAUUCAGCCCACUGACCGGAGCACUUCUGACUGGCUUCAGACUACACACUGGACCGCUUCCAGAGCAGUACAGACUGAUGCACAUUCAACCUCCGAAGAAGAAAAGCAAACAUAAACACAGACAUCAUCGACCUCAGGAUCCCAUACCACCAGAAACACCGUCAGACUCUGACCCCAAGAAGAAGAAGAAAAAGAGGGAUGAUGAUCCUGAGCGCAAAAAGAAAAAGAAGGACAAGAAGAAGAAAAAGAAUCGCCACAGUCCUGAUCACCCUGGUAUCACUGGCUCUCAACCCAACAGCAAUAGUCUGAGAUAGAGACAUUGUAUACUGUGUGUGUGUGUGAGAGAGACAGAGAGAGAGACAGAGAGAGAGAGAGCGAGAGAAUGUGUGCCAAUACUACGAUUGUGCUUUUUUUUUUUUUGUCGACACUGAUACUGAUUACAGAUCAGUUGUAUUUCCAGUAUAUAUUUUUUUUUGCUUCAUCAUUUGAUGACUUGAAUACAUUUUUGGUACUCUGUUGCACAGCCUGUCUUUAUAUACUUUGUGAUUGUAGAUAAAUAGGAAGCACUGGACUACUGAACCUCAGUAGUGUGGGUCAGACAUGGAGCGCAAUAGCGCAAACACAACACUAGGGGGCAGUGUGGGACAACAAAGUAAAAGUGUGCUAGCCUUUAACGUCUACUGAUCCUUCUGGAAAGGAAAGAUGUUGAAUCUGAUCACUCUGGGGUGUAUUUGGUGCUAGUAGAUGCAACAAGACGCACUUUCCUUUUACUGUAAAAGAAAAAGUACAGACAUUUGUUGUGAUUUCCACCACUUCUUAGGAUAUCACAGAGCCUCCAAAGGCUUUUCCCAUUAUGACUAAUAGAUCCAGAUAUCCUGAUUCACACGAUAAUCACCAUUUCUAAGCCAUGAGUAAUGUAGUAGACAUGUAACUGUGGGAGGAAGCAAGGUUGUGCUUCUAAUGAACAUACAUUGUUAACAUAACAUCCUGCUUGGAGGCAAAUCUUUAAAUAUACAGAAGGGUCAAAAUGUCUAAGUACAUUAGAGCUUGUGUUCCGCUUUCUUUUUUAAUUCAACCCAAAGGUUUUUAUUAGGAUUAAAGAGUAUAUACAGUAUAUGUAGAUGACGUGGUUAAGAUGUUGGAUUAACAAUCACAAGGUUGUGAGUUCAAAAAUCCCAGGUCCACCGAGCUGCUACCGCUGGGGCCCUGAGUAAGGCCCUUAACCCUCAGUUGUAUAAAAAAUGAGAGAAAUUGUAAGUCGCUCUGGAUAAGGGCGUCUACCAAAUGCCAGAAAUGUAAAAAUUUAGAGAAAAAUGACAGUGUGCACAGAAGAUGACAUGGACUCCACAAGUUUCUGGACGACCCGAUGAUCCAUGUUAGAUCGAGUCCUUCAGAAUGUCAUAUGAGCACACGCUUCAGCGGACGUUAUGAGACUCACAAGAAAAAUCUGACUUUAUUCUAAAGAGCAUGGUCGGUGUCGCAUAUUUGCUUAAAUUUUAAUAGUGACCUAGAACUUGUAAAUCCAUCUUCUAUGCCUGCUUUAUUCCUAAUUAGGGUCAUGGGGAUCUGCUGGAGCCUGUCCCAGCACACAUUGGACAGAAGGCAGGGGUACACCCUGGACAGGUCACCAGUUCAUCACAGGGCCACAUAUAGACAGACAACCACUCACACUUACUCCUAUUGGCAAUUUAGAAUUACCAAUCAACCUGAUAUACAUGUUUUUGGACUGUGAAAACUGGAGUACCCGGAGUAAACCCGUGCGGGCACGAGGAGAACACUUGUUCGAACCCAGGACCUUCUUGCUGUGAGGUAACAGUGCUAACCACUAAGCCACCGUGCUGCCCAACUUGUAAAUCAUGAAUAUUUAAAAUAUUGUGCAUUUCAUUUGUUGUUGUACAGCAUUCCAGAUUUCCAGUUUGGAGUUAAUAGAAAACAAACAAAGAAACCAGUUAUUUUUCACACGUGGCGAAGGUCAUGGGUUCGAGUCCUGGAUUUGAAUCCCGGGUUCGAACAGGCAGGGGCCUUUCUGUGUGGAGUUUGCAUGUUCUCCCCGUGCCUGCGUGGGUUUACUCCGGGUUUCCUCCCACAGUCCAAAAACAUGUACAUUAGGUUGAUUGUAAAUUGAGGUAAUUCUAAAUUGCCCAUAGGAGUGAGUGUGUGUGGUUGUCAGUUUUUAUGUGGUCCUGUGAUGGACUGGUGACCUGUCCAGGGUGUACCCCUGUCUUUCGCCCAAUGUGUGCUAAGAUGGGGGUCUGCUGGAGCCUGUGACCCUAAUUAGGAAUAAAGCAGGUAUAGAAAAUGGAUGGAUGGAUAUUCUAUUCUGAUUAGCGUGGUCUCUUUCAAGAUGGCUCUGAAUGGAUUAAUAAGGUGAAAAGCAUGUCAGUUAUAUGGAUGUGACCUUCACAGUGGCUUGAUCUCGACCCUAUUGAACAUCUAUAGGAGAUGCUGGUUUAUUUGAGUCGAUUUAUUUCUGCCGAAUAAUAUUUAGAAGAACAGAACAGCUCAGUUCCAGUGACUUGUAAAAUCUAUGAUAUAGUACAUUGACGGUGUUCCGCUAUUACCUAAGACACUUUACGCUGCAUGUGUUUUGUAACCAGUCUGAAUAUGAAUGCUGCAUAGGAAAAAAAAUUAAGCUUCUAACAAUGAGGCAUGAAAAUUCUGAUCCUUUCAAAUCCUGUGAAACACAAAUAUAAAAUACACUAUAUUGCCAAAAGUUUUGGGCUCGGCCAUUUAGUUCCAGUGAAAGGAACUCUUAAUGCUUCAGCUUCAUACCAAGACAUUUUGGACCAUUUCAUGCUCCUAACUUGACAACAUGCAUGAGUGAGUUUGGUGUGGAGGAACUUCACAGAGUCCUGACCUCAACCCGAUAGAACACCUUUGGGAUGAAUUAGAGUGGAGACUGCGAGCCAGGCCAAAACUGGAAUGCCUGCCUUUAUCUGUACAUGAAUAUAAUAUGGAGUUGUCCCGCCCUUUGCAGUUAUAACAGCUUCAAGUCUUCUGGGAAGGCUUUCCACAAGGUUUAGGAGUGUGUUUAUGGGGAAUUUUGACCAUUUCUCUAGAAGCGCAUUUGUGAGGUCAGGCACUGAUGUUGGACGAGAAGGUCUGGCUCGCAGUCUCCGCUCUAAUUCAUCCCAAAGGUGUUCUAUCAGGUUGAGGUCAGGACUCUGUGAAGUUCCUCCACACCAAACUCAUUCAUCCAUGUCUUUAUGGACCUUGCUUUGUGCAUUGGGGUGCAGUCAUGUUGGAACAGGAAGGGGUCAUCCCCAAACUGUUCCCACAAAGCAUGAAAUUGCCAAAAAUGUCUUGGUAUGAAGCUGAAGCAUUAAGAGUUCCUUUCACUGGAACUAAGAGGCCGAGCCCAACCCCUGAAAACAACACCUGAAUUCAAUGAUU